GUAAUUUCCAUAUUACCCCUCUAGCUUUUCGUUUUCUUUAGCUUCUGCUUUAAUGGGAGGACCUUGAGUUCUUUCGCUCUCCUGUUCUCUGCUGUUUUUCACCUGCAAUUCGUGGCUUGUAGCUUUGAAAGUUUUGUCAGAUUUGGUCGGCAUCCUUUGCUUCGUUUGAUCCGUCGAGAGUUUAACAGAAUCUACACUCUUUAUUUAGUGGAAUCUUGCAAGUCUAAUGUAUCCUCCUCUUCUGGGAGGGGAGGAGGGGCAGAGUAAUGCCUCUCUAGUCCCCUCCACAUCCACCAUCCACAAUGGUCCUGGGUUCAAAGAACAAAAUUAUCUGGGCCUGUCAGAUUCUUCCUCAGUUGAUAGCUCCGCAGUCUCAAGCUUACCUGCAGAAAACAAGAGUGGUCUCAAUUUGAAGGCUACUGAGUUGAGGCUUGGUCUUCCUGGAUCGCUAUCCCCCGAAAGAGAAUCGGAGUAUUGCUUGUCGAGUGUGGGGAAGUUUGAUGAGAAGCCUCUCUUCCCUUUGCUUCCAACAAAGGAUGGAAUUAGUUCAUCCACACAGAAGCAUGUUGUUUCCGGCAACAAAAGAGGAUUCUCUGAUACCAUGGAUGGGUUCUCAGAGGUGAAGACUUUCGGGUAUGCUGAAAAAAACUGGAUGUUUCAUGGAGCUGGGUCCGAUUCCGAGUCUCCGCAAUCCGUGGGACAAAGCAAGUUUCCUGGUAAUUCAGGGGAAAAUGUCAUGUCAUCUUCCAAGCCAUCUGGGACUCAAUCAUCCAUAGUGAAAGAGGUUCCACCCAAAGUGCCGGAGGAACCGUCUGCAAAUGGAACCAAGGUUAACCAGCAUGGUGCACCAGCUGCAAAGGCACAGGUAGUGGGGUGGCCUCCCAUCAGAUCAUUUAGGAAGAAUACACUAGCUACCACGUCAAAGAACAAUGAUGAAGUGGAUGGGAAACCAGGUCCUGGUGCUCUUUUUGUUAAAGUUAGCAUGGAUGGUGCUCCUUAUCUAAGGAAGGUAGAUCUGAGAACUUAUUCGACUUAUCAAGAGCUAUCUUCUGCUCUUGAGAAGAUGUUCAGCUGUUUUACCAUAGGUCAAUGCGGAUCACAUGGAGCUCGAGGGAGGGAAAUACUGAGUGAGAGCAAGUUGAGGGACCUUUUACAUGGAUCAGAGUAUGUGCUUACGUGUGAGGAUAAGGAUGGUGAUUGGAUGCUUGUUGGGGAUGUCCCGUGGGAGAUGUUCAUUGAUUCAUGCAAGAGGCUCAAGAUCAUGAAAAGUUCUGAUGCGAUCGGCUUAGCUCCUAGAGUAAUGGACAAAUCCAAGAUGAGGACUUAGCUGGUCCUUUGUGGGUUGAGUGCUUUCCUGCUGCAAACCGGAAGACUUGUCAGGGAUGGGGAAAGCUUGAGGAAGCUCCUGAGGGAAUGAAUUGUGUGGUUGGGUUGGGGAUGAAUGUCUGCAAGUAGUUCAGAUGUAUUUUUGUUGUUAAUGGUAUGAAGAAGUUGGAGCCUUUGUUAUCUUUAAGGUGCUGUGUUUCUUGACUGUCCUGAUGUUAUGUUUCAUUUGGUGGUUAUAUGGAUUGUGUUGGUAUGAUAAAUUAUGUUGUUCAAUUCAGAAUUGGAGAACUCAGUGAGGAAUAUGCUCAACGUAGUAUUUCUUCUAUACAAGUUUACUUUCUUUA